AUGGAACAACAGGCAGUAAACUCUCUGUUUCACAAGAACAACAAGACAGUUAACUCUCUGUUUUACAAGAACAACAAGACAGUUAACUCUCUGUUUCACAAGAACAACAAGACAGUUAACUCUCUGUUUUACAAGAACAACAAGACAGUUAACUCUCUGUUUCACAAGAACAACAAGACAGUUAACUCUCUGUUUUACAAGAUCAACAAGACAGUUAACUCUCUGUUUCACAAGAACAACAAGACAGUUAACUCUCUGUUUUACAAGAACAACAAGACAGUUAACUCUCUGUUUCACAAGAACAACAAGACAGUUAACUCUCUGUUUUACAAGAACAACAAGGCAGUUAACUCUCUGUUUCACAAGAACAACAAGGCAGUUAACUCUCUGUUUUACAAGAACAACAAGGCAGUUAACUCUCUGUUUCACAAGAACAACAAGGCAGUUAACUCUCUGUUUCACAAGAACAACAAGGCAGUUAACUCUCUGUUUUACAAGAACAACAAGACAGUUAACUCUCUGUUUUACAAGAACAACAAGGCAGUUAACUCUCUGUUUUACAAGAACAACAAGGCAGUUAACUCUCUGUUUUACAAGAACAACAAGGCAGUUAACUCUCUGUUUUACAAGAACAACAAGACAGUUAACUCUCUGUUUUACAAGAACAACAAGACAGUUAACUCUCUGUUUUACAAGAACAACAAGACAGUUAACUCUCUGUUUUACAAGAACAACAAGGCAGUUAACUCUCUGUUUUACAAGAACAACAAGGCAGUUAACUCUCUGUUUUACAAGAACAACAAGGCAGUUAACUCUCUGUUUUACAAGAACAACAAGACAGUUAACUCUCUGUUUUACAAGAACAACAAGACAGUUAACUCUCUGUUUCACAAGAACAACAGGCAGUAA